AUGACGGCCCCGCAGGCGGCGGGUGUCAUCCACACGGAUUUCGAAAAGGGCUUCAUCCGGGCUGAGACAAUUGCUUAUGACGACUUUUUGAAGUACAACGGCUACGGCGGCGCCAAGGAGGCCGGCGCCCUGCGCUUGGAAGGCAAGGAGUACAUUGUGAAGGAGGGGGACGUGCUGCUGUUCAGCCGACAGAGUUCUGUUGGCUGGGUGGCCAUGCCUCGAAUUUUUUGA